AUGUCAAUUAAUACGGCCGCGAUGCAACACUUGCCUAAUAUUGGUUUUAUAAUAUUGGCUGAUCCAUUUAUCAAACAUCGCUGGCUAUUUGCUAAGACGCCGGAUGACGCCACACAUGGCGUUUCCCACAUAGCGGAGUGUUCGGUAUUAAGAGAGGCCAUCAUCCGGAGCUUGUCCCACCACAAGAGGCUCAUUCUCCGAGAUCUAGGGCGCAGACAGAGAGGCUCACUCAGCUUGGUGUCAAUGGACUAG